UUAUUGAAGUGUUUCAUUUUUAGUACAAAAAAUAUUUUGAAAAUGUCAAAAAAAUCAGAAAAUAUGAACGAAAUGAUUAAGAAAGAUGAUUUAAUACAAGCUGUUGUUAUAGCCGAUAAUUUUAGCAAUACUUUUGCACCUCUUUCGGAUGAUCUACCAGUGGCUUUAUUACCUAUCGUUAAUUCACCAAUAAUUGAUUAUACGUUAGAAUGCCUUGCUCUUGGUGGUGUUCAAGAAGUAUUUUUAUUUUGUAGUUCACAUGUUGAUCAGAUUAAAAAGUAUAUAAGAGAACAAAUCGAUAAUGUUGUGAAUUGGAGUAUAACCAUGAGUGUGCAUAUAAUAGUGUCAGAAAGUUGUAGAUCAUUGGGUGAUGGCAUGAGAGAUCUAGAUGCUAAGGGUCUCUUAAGAGGGGAUUUCAUUCUUUUAACAGCUAAUAAUGUUUCAAAUAUUAAAUUUUUACCAAUCCUAAAUAUUCACAAAAAAAAUUGUAAGAAAGAUAAAGGAUGUUCAAUGACAUUAAUUUACAAAGAAGCUGCGCCAGGUCAAGCCAGUCGUUGUCCACAAGAUGAAAUUGUCUUAGCAUCGGACAAAGCCUCUCAAAAAGUAUUAUUUCUACAAAAAUUAGCAACACAACCACUUGCAACCAAAAUUGAUAUUUCAUUAGAAGACCUUUUAAACUAUCCCACCGUUGAAUUAAGGCAUAAUCUCCAAGAUACUCAUAUUGCAAUAUGUUCAUCGGCAGUUUUACCAUUAUUUUCUGAUAACUUUGAUUUUCAAACAAGAGAUGAUUUAAUUAAAGGCUUACUUAACGAUGAAUUAUUAACAAGUUCAAUUUACUGGCAUUUAACAACUGAAUACGCCGCUUGUGUUACCAAUUGGCAUAUGUAUCAGGCAGUUAGCCACGACAUAAUUCAUCGAUGGGCUUAUCCAUUUGUACCAGAUAUGGGAAUAAAUAAAGAAGAACAAGCUUAUAUGUAUUUGAGAAAUAAUAUUUAUCGUAACAAAACUGUAACCUUAGCGAAAGGCAGUAAUUUAGUAGAAGAUGUGGUGAUCGCUGAAGGAAGUACAAUUGCUGAAUCAUCCACUAUAAUUCGUUGUGUUAUAGGAAAAAAUUGUAAAAUCGGAAAAAACGUACUAAUUAGUGAUUCUUAUGUUAUGGAUGGUACAACAAUUAAUGAUAAUUCAAAAAUUUCGUUUUGUGUCAUUGGACCAAAUUGUAAUAUUGGGAAAAAUGCAACACUAUCUGGGAGUUGUAUAUUAGGAUCGAAGGUGCAUAUUGAAAGUGGGCAAGUAUUAGAAGCUGCCUUAAUACAAUCAAAAAAACCUGAAAAUGCUAAUGAAGAAGAUAUUAUAAAUGUUCAAGCAUACAGAGUACGAUGCUAUUCAGAACGACAAGAUUCUGAUUCGGAAGCUGGAGAUAUAUUAAGAAUGAUAUCGAAAUUGCGAAUUCAAUCAGAUAUAUAUUCUGAUGAAUCAUCCGAUGAAGAGGACGACGAUGUUUCUUAUGAUAGUAAAUCGGAAAUAUCAUUACCACCUGAUGAUACAAAUUUAUUCUUAACAGAAGUAAUCGAUAGUUUAGCAAGAGGUUACGAAGACAAAUUAGCUUGUGAUAAUUUAAUUUUAGAAAUAAAUUCUUCAAGAUACGCCUAUAAUGUUACAUUAAAAGAGGUAAACUACAAUGUAUUAAAAGCAAUAUUAAGUCUUCCAUUUCAACAGAACGAUAAUAAACCUUUUGUUCAACAAUUGUCUUCUUUGUUAACGUACUUCUCUCCAAUAUUGAAAAAUUAUGUUAAGAACAAAAGUUCUAUGAUGGAUUGUUUACAAGCUAUUGAGGAUACUGCAAAUACAUGUUCAGAAUUAAUAAAAUGCGUAGCAAAAAUUGUUCAUUGGUUUUAUAAUCAAGAAAUUCUAUUAGAAGAAUCAAUCAUUAGUUGGUAUCAAAAAUUGGAUAAAAAUUCAAGGUUAUAUUCUCAAAUGCAACCGUUUAUCAAUUGGUUGGAAGAGGCUGAUGAAGAAUCGGAUUCGGAGGAAGAAAGUGAAUAGUUUAGAUUUGUACAAUAAAUAAAAAUAAAAUUGAAAUAUUUUC